AUGUCGAUCACGCAAGAGUUCACCACCUCACUCCAAACUAUACCACGUAUAGAGAAAGCACAAACAACAUAUCUGAAUAUUUCCGGUCGAUGUCAAAGUGGUCAUGGCGUCUACAGUGACGGUUGUUAUUAUUGUAAAAAUAAAAACUUUAACAACACGUAUACACAACCCCAAUACCGAUUCUAUAAUACUAUCUUGGAAGGAUUGUUAAAUCUUGAUGAUUUCGUUAAUCUGGAGCAGCUACAUAUCCAAGGUAAUGGACAGGAUCAGGAACAACGGCAAAAGUUAACUAGUUUGAAAAUCGAUAAGUGCAAUAAGUUAACUUCUCUAACAAUUACUUAUACUACUCUUACAAAAUUAAAUAUUAGAGAGAAUAUUACUCUCAAAACUGUUGACUUGAGCUAUAAUCAAUUAGGUUAUUUAAGUUUAAAUAGUAAAAUGAAAUGUGAAAGUCUUAAUUUAGCCUACAACCAACAAAUCAUUUUCGAUGAUGAUAGAUUAAAAAGUCAAGUAGAAAGGUUAAUUAAUUCGAUUCGAAAUGUUGAGAGUACUGAUCUUGGUGAUUUAAAAUUAGAGGUUAGGAAAAUUGAAAAGGAAAAUUUAGAGUUUCAAUUAGUUAUUGCUAAAAAUAUCAAAAAUGGAUUGAGUAAAGAUAAACAAUCGUUUGUAGAAAUUUUACAAGAAGCACAACAAGAAGUUUUACAAAAUGACAACGCUUUUACUCGAAAACUAUUAGAAAAUGCUAAAAAAAAUUUAUCUGAUGUGCUAACUGCUGAAGAAAUCCAAGACUUUUUAGGAAAUAUAGUGGAGAGUAAUGAAAUGGAAAUUCAACUAAAUGAUCUCAAAAUUCGAGAACAUCAAGAACAAGCCUAA